AUGUACUCUCGAUCAUCUCGUUAUCCUCUCGGAACUUUGUCAAAAGUUUCGUUCCGUUUUCCCAAUCUCUCUGUUCCUUCUAGAGGCUUUGGCUCAACUGGUCAGAUUCUCUCUUUGGCUAUUUCGCACAAAACUUCUAGUGGGCCUGUCAAUGCGACCACCUUUAUAUCUAAACCUCCGGAAAGCAGUCCCCUAUUGCCUGUUAAGAAGGGACCCGUUAACUUUAGCCACAGCAUUCGUACAAAACCUAUGCAUCCUCGAUCCCCCAAAGAUACAGGUCCGGCUCGUGAAGUUCACAUUGCCGUCAAGGUCAGGAACCUGUGUCAAGCUGGGAAGCUCGAUCAAGCUGUCGAAGUAUGUGUGGGAGCCCCUGCAGCUUUGCAAGGAGCGACUGCGUGGAACACAAUUAUCCAUCACGCACUAUCCGAAGAAAGAUAUAAUUAUGCCUAUACGCUAUACCAGCAAAUGAAGAGGCGACACAUUGUGCCCACAAUAUCGACCUACACGUCAUUCAUGUCAGCCUAUGCGCAUGCGAAGCCUAAAAAUCUUACCGCAAUUCAAUUGGAACGUAUCCAUAAACUCUACAAGGAUUGGAGUAACCUAGCUGCAUCCGCACGGACUGAAAAUGCUAUCAAUGCUAUCACCUGGGUGCCCCCUGCAGCCGCAUAUAUCAGUGUUCUAGGCAAUGCAAAACUCUAUCAGUCAAUAUGGGACGUAUUUUAUGAUCUCGAAACCGAAGGCCCGCUCGCUCCGAACCAAUUUGUAUUCACAAAUAUGUUCGUUGCCUUCCACAAGCGUACCACAACAUCUACCAAUACCUUGGACGGGGCCACUUCCGAAGACGCAGUUUCUGCCAAUGACAUAUCCGCUAAUUUCGAUCCUAAUGGAAUCGAUACGGUUGCUCCUACUCCCAGCAGUGAUAUCAAGAUUCAGAAUGCGCAGGAUGCUAGACUACUUUGGCGCCUGCUCCUUCGGGCACUUGAGCGGUGCCCCUUUCCAGUAGACUCUCAUCUGGUUGUUGCAGCACUUAGGGCUCUUCAGCAUGGGGGAAAACCAGAGCUUGACUUGGCCCUGGAAAUCAUCGACAAGUAUUUAAACUUACGCGCCCCGAGUGCGCCGGCACCGUCCAAAACGAGUAAAGCUUUGAAGCUCAAUUUUCGGCUACUUGAUGUAGCAUUGUCCGUCUGCAAUGCUGCUAAACGGCCUGACCUGACCCGUCAUUUCCUGGACGUUCUAACUGCUCCCGAGCACCCACAGCGCUACCUUGUCAAUGCCGGCGCCAUGAAUCAUUUAAUUAAGACGUAUAUAUCUUUGGGUGAUACGCGCCAGGUUAUUAGAACAAUUGAUUGGAUGAUCCGCGAGGGUGCCCUUCCUGGGGGGCUUGAUGUUAUGCCUGGGGGCAGCUCUUGGUCCAUGGCACUUAGAGGUUGCCUCGAUGCACAAGACUGGAGUGCUGCCAAAACUCUGACCAAGCGAUUGGCUAGUACGGUGAAUAGCAAGCGCAUCAUAGAUCCAGAGACUAUCUACCUAGUGCUGAAAAUUACGUACGUCUUGAAGCCUCCUAAUAAACAACUACACGAGCGACAACUUCGCCAAGCGUUGGAUGCGGUUUAUUACGUUGUGAAUUUAUGGCCAAAGAACCCGAACGCGAUGCAACCAAAAUAUGCCGAGGAUAACCCUGUGAAAGCAGAAAGACGACUUGUUUUUCGGAACGCAUUGGGGGACCUAGUAAAGAAGAUAUUGAACGAAUUUGAAGGACUAAAGACCAUUCCUGGGUUCAACGAUUUGGGCUAUCGACUUAAAGAACUACGAACGCGAGUUCCCGCCGAUGUUUCAGCACAAUAUGAAGCUUAUCUUUGA